GGACAUAGGGGGGGUUCAGGGCUUUUUUUUUUUUUUUUUUAAGUAGGAAACGGAAUCCCAGUCUAGUGAACCAACAAUCAAGUGCGGAAAACACAAAAGUAAUCGAAACGAAACGGCUUUUCAUGUUAUGGAGUGAAGGACAGGUGACGUCUCAGCGAUGCACCCGUGCCAAAGGUUUCAGGGGACGGCAGUCAACUUGAGGUUUGUUGGCGCGCUGGUUUACUGAUCUCCGCCUGAGGGGGACCGGCUGAAACGGUCCGGGCCACCUUCCCCGAGGAGUGGAGGUCCCCCCUCCCACGUUCUCACCCCCCGCCCCCCCCCCCAAGCCUUAUGGAGGAGUAGCGCUUCGCCCCCUUUUUCCUUUUUAAAUAAAGUUUCAAGACCCAAAAACCGGAAGGAGGAGGUGGAGGAGGAGGAGGACGACUCCAGAGGAAGAGUGGCCAUGUCGUCCAGCCGGAACCAGAACCCGCAUGGGCUCAAGCAGAUCGGUCUGGACCAGAUCUGGGACGACCUGCGGGCAGGGAUCCAGCAGGUCUACACCCGCCAAAGCAUGGCCAAGUCCCGCUACAUGGAGCUCUACACACACGUGUAUAACUACUGCACCAGUGUUCACCAGUCCAACCAGGCCCGCGGGGGCGGGGUGCCCCCCUCCAAGCCCUCCAAGAAGACCCCCACGCCCGGCGGUGCUCAGUUUGUGGGGCUGGAGCUCUACAAACGACUGAAGGACUUCCUGAAGAACUACCUGACCAACCUCCUGAAGGACGGGGAGGACCUGAUGGACGAGGGCGUGUUGAAGUUCUACACGCAGCAGUGGGAGGACUACAGGUUCUCCAGUAAGGUGCUGAACGGGAUCUGUGCCUACCUCAACCGCCACUGGGUCCGGCGGGAGUGUGACGAGGGCCGCAAGGGCAUCUACGAGAUCUACUCGCUGGCCCUGGUUACGUGGAGAGAGUGCUUAUUCAGACCCUUAAACAAACAGGUGACCAACGCGGUCCUGAAGCUGAUCGAAAAGGAGCGGAACGGCGAGCCGAUCAACACGCGGCUCAUCAGCGGGGUGGUGCAGUCCUACGUGGAGCUGGGCCUGAACGAAGACGACGCCUUCGCCAAAGGCCCCACGCUCUCCGUGUACAAGGAGUGCUUUGAGUCGCAGUUCCUGGCGGACACGGAGCGCUUCUACGCCCGGGAGAGCACCGAGUUCCUGCAGCAGAACCCCGUCACCGAGUACAUGAAGAAGGCGGAGGCUCGUCUCCUGGAGGAGCAGCGCAGGGUGCAGGUGUACCUCCACGAGAGCACGCAGGACGAGCUGGCACGCAAGUGUGAGCAGGUCCUCAUCGAGAAGCACCUGGAGAUCUUCCACACGGAGUUCCAGAACCUUCUGGACGCCGACAAGAAUGAAGAUUUGGGCCGCAUGUAUAACCUGGUGUCCCGGAUCACGGACGGUUUGGGGGAACUGAAGAAGCUUCUGGAAAUGCACAUCCACAACCAGGGGCUGGCGGCCAUCGAGAAGUGCGGCGAGACGGCGCUCAACGACCCCAAAAUGUACGUGCAGACGAUCCUGGACGUACACAAGAAGUACAAUGCACUCGUGAUGUCGGCGUUCAACAACGACGCGGGGUUCGUGGCUGCCCUGGACAAGGCCUGCGGACGCUUCAUCAACAACAACGCUGUGACCAAGAUGGCGCAGUCCUCCAGCAAGUCUCCCGAGCUCUUGGCCCGAUACUGUGACUCGCUGCUGAAGAAGAGUUCUAAGAACCCCGAGGAGGCAGAGCUAGAGGACACGCUUAACCAAGUGAUGGUGGUCUUCAAGUACAUCGAGGACAAGGACGUGUUUCAGAAGUUCUACGCCAAGAUGCUGGCCAAGCGGCUGGUGCACCAGAACAGCGCCAGCGACGACGCCGAGGCCAGCAUGAUCUCCAAACUCAAGCAAGCGUGCGGGUUCGAAUACACCUCCAAACUGCAGCGCAUGUUCCAGGACAUCGGUGUCAGCAAAGACCUGAACGAGCAGUUCAAGAAGCACCUCUCCAUCUCUGAGCCCCUGGACCUGGAUUUCUGCAUCCAGGUGUUGAGCUCUGGGUCCUGGCCGUUCCAGCAGUCCUGCACCUUCGCCCUCCCGUCAGAGCUGGAGAGGAGUUACCAAAGAUUCACCGCCUUCUACGCCAGCAGACACAGCGGCCGCAAGCUCACCUGGCUCUACCACCUGUCCAAGGGGGAGCUGGUCACCAACUGCUUCAAGAACCGGUACACCCUGCAGGCCUCCACGUUCCAGAUGGCGAUCCUCCUGCAGUACAACGCUGAGGACCUGUGCACGGUGCAGCAGCUGACGGACAGCACGCAGAUCAAAAUAGACAUAUUGGUGCAGGUUUUGCAAAUCUUGUUAAAAUCUAAAUUGCUGGUGCUGGAAGACGAGAAUGCAAACGUAGACGAGAUGGACUUCAAGCCCGAAACCUUAAUCAAGCUUUUCCUGGGUUAUAAAAAUAAGAAGCUGAGAGUCAACAUCAACGUGCCCAUGAAGACUGAACAGAAGCAGGAGCAGGAAACGACACACAAAAACAUUGAAGAGGACAGGAAGCUACUGAUACAGGCGGCCAUUGUGAGAAUCAUGAAGAUGAGGAAGGUUCUGAAACACCAGCAGCUGUUGGCCGAGGUGCUGAACCAGCUCUCCUCCCGCUUCAAACCUCGCGUCCCCGUCAUUAAGAAAUGCAUCGACAUCCUGAUUGAAAAGGAAUACCUGGAGCGUGUGGAUGGGGAGAAGGACACGUACAGCUACCUGGCAUAAACCCACCCCACCCACGCCUUUUUUAUUUUCAUCUUUUUAUUUUUGGGUCAAUGUGUCUCCAGUACCGAACGUCAUUCCUUUGGACAUUCUGCCUGCCCGUGUUGUGAAGAAUGCAGGGUCAUGGCUGCAGGGGACAGCUGAUCAGGAUGCACUCCAGCCCGACACGCACACGUGCACACAUGCACACACACGCGUGCACACACACACACACUCACACGCACACUCGCACGCACACACACACUCGCAUGCACACAUGCACACACACGCGUACACACACACACACACACACACACACGCAUUCACACGCACGCACGCACGCACGCACACACGCACACACACACACACACACACGCCUCCCUUUUAACUCAAAGACGAGGUGGGUAGGGAGAGAGCAGAGAGCACGAUGGCUGAGCCAGCAUCCAGGACUCCGAUCUGUAAAUACAAAUGUUGACCUCUACCCUAAUGCCCCGCCAAGCAAACAAACAUGGAC